AUGUGUGGGUUGGUGUUUGAGGACUUGCCGGAGCAGGGUGGUUUGGGUGAGAUUGAGAAGAACAACAAGUGGAAGACUGAUCUUUUGUACAACGCCAUUGAUGAGAACAAAGGGUUUUACAGGUGCCCAGUUGAGAAGUCUGUGAGGUCAUUGAUGAAUGUGCCCUUCACGCUUGAGAAGUCAGAGUUGGAAGCUGAGUUUGUGAAGGAGGCAGCUAAAGAGAAGAUGGUUCAGCUCAAGGGGCAUAGGUCAGUGGGAGGGAUGAAGGCUUCUAUUUAUAAUGCUAUGCCUCUGGCUGGGGUUGAGAAGUUGGUUGCUUUCAUGAAGGAUUUCCAGGCAAAGCAUGCUUAA